CAUUGCAACAUACUAAUAUUGUCACAAUCAUUCAUCACCAAUGAUGCAUCAUUGUUGUAGUAGCUCUCAACAAGGUCACAUAAUGGGAGGAACAUGCACAUGUGGUAUGUUUCAUCCUCAAACAAAUUCUAACUACUCUUUGAUUUACUCUAACUACCAACAACAUGAUCAUUGCGAUUUUGACCCUUACUCAUACACUACUCCAUCUUCUUCUUCUUCUUCUUCUGUUGAUUGCACACUCUCCCUUGCUACCCCUUCCACACGUUUAUCUGAAGACCAAGAUAAACGAAACCGUCGCUCUUCUCUUGCUAAUUUUUUCUGUACCAAAUCUUCAAACACUAAACAUAAUUCUCAAUCUCAAUCCAAGUCAAACAAUAUUGGUAGUAACUCUAACAAUGAUUCUCUUCUUGCUCGUCGUUGUGCUAGCUGUGACUCCACUUCUACACCCCUUUGGAGGAAUGGUCCUCGUGGCCCUAAGUCACUAUGCAAUGCUUGUGGGAUUAGAUACAAGAAGGAAGAGAGAAGAGCGAACGCCGCGGUUGCCACGACAGCUGCGACUAACGGUGGCAUAAUGGAGUCAGGAAACUUCUACAGUAACAACAACAACAACAAUUCAUGGUACUCACAACCACAGAGUCAAAUGUAUGGCAAUGAGCUACGUUUCAUGGAUGAUUCAGAUGCAGAAUCAGAAAAUGGCAUUCCUAAUUUCCUUUCUUGGAGACUCAACACAAGUCUUGUUCACGAUUACACAAGAUGAAGCAUUGGAAUUAGAAGUUAUGAUGAUGACAUAAGCUUAAUAUUCCUACGUUAAUAGAACAGAAAGAAGACAAAAAAUGAUGAUGUAGAUGUAGGUGUACGACAAUGUUUUACGAUGUAGAUGUUUUUGAUUGUGAUGGUUAUGUUAUGGUCUCGUCAACGGUUUAUUUUA